AUGACCGAAGGAGCUACCCUCAUUUACACUUCCAAUCCCUUCGUAGGCGGUUGUCCGACAGAAACACUGCCCGGGCGACGGGAUGCGAACAUCUCGGGGGUUAUUCUAGCGAUUGACGGCCUCACUCGGGCGAAUGGCCCCCGGGCCUCGGUGGUGAUAUACCCCGACAGGCCCUCGCCGUGGUUCUUUGCCUUGAGCAAACAAAGCCGCCUAGACAGAUCGUCGACGGAAACAAUGCGUUCCCUUCUACACACGCUCGCCGCGGCAGCGAUCGGCAGCGCCGGCGCCGACGCCCACCCCCUGAUCCCCCGGCAGGGCGGCGGCAACAACACAAUCCAAUGCCCCCCCACCCCCUCGCCGUUCCCGACCUGGCAGCAGCUCCCGCUGCAGUCGUCUCUGCCCGAUCCUUUCCUGCCACUGCAAUACACCACGCCCGGCGAUGCGGCGGACGUGGUGGCGGGCCGCGGCGAGGGCCGGGUGAAGACGCCCGAGGAGUGGUACCAGUGCCGGCAGCCCGAGAUCCUGCACAUGCUGCAGGAGUACCAGUACGGCUACUACCCGGACCACGGCCAGGAGACGGUGCAGGCCACGCGCAGCGGCAACACGCUGAGCAUCACCGUGGCGGCCGGCGGCAAGACGGGCCGGUUCAGCGCGACCGUCACGCUGCCGUCGGGGGCGUCCGCGUCUAAGCCCGCCCCCGUGGUCAUCAACAUCGGUGGCAUGCAGAACCAGGCUUAUCUGAGUGCGGGCAUUGCCGUCGCGCAGUUUGAUUACACCUCGGUGGCGCCCGAUAGCAAUGCGAAGACGGGGGCGUUCUGGAGCAUCUACAACGGGAGAGACAUCGGUGUGUUGACGGCCUGGGCGUGGGGCUUCCACCGCACGCUCGACGCUAUUAACAUGACGGUGCUCGAGAUCGACGCCGGGCGGGUGGGCGUGACGGGGUGUUCCAGGCUAGGAAAAGCGGCGCUCGCGGCGGGGCUCUUCGACACCCGCAUCACGCUCACGAUGCCCAUGUCGUCGGGGGUGCAGGGCAUGGGCCCGUACCGGUACUACAGCAUGAGCGGGCAGGGCGAGAACCUCGAGAACAGCAAGCAGGGGGCCGGGUGGUGGACCAGCAGCAAGCUAGGGGCGUUUAUCAACCACUCCGAGAACCUGCCGUACGACGCGCACACCAUCGCGGCGGCCAUCGCGCCGAGGGCGCUAGUCAUUGACCAAGGGACGGGUGACCAGUUUGUCAACAGCAAGGGCACCGCCGUCGUCAUCUACCCGGCGGCGAAAGUGGUGUACGACUGGCUGGGUGCGGGUGACAAGAUCGCCAUCAGCGUGCGUGGGGGCGGGCAUUGUGAUAUGAGCGGAUUCACAUCCAUCCUGCCGUAUGUGCAAAAGAUCUUCUUUGGUACACCGACGAGCAAGGACUAUAACAAUUUGGGAUCCUACGGGUCGCCUGUGACGACCGCCUUCCCAUGGGGGACGGCUGUUCCCAAGGCAUGA